AUGGACGUGUCUUCAGAUCCGCCCGAAGCCACUAUGCAGGAGCAUCACAUUGUUAAGGCCGAUGAGGUCGACCAAACAGGGACCGAUAUCUCGCCAGUUUCAGACGACCAACUCAUGGAGGAGGUGGCUGAGGGGCUCCGCCAGGAACAGGCCGAACAGGCCACACCCGCUCCUGAGACUGCGCCCUCUGCGCCCGAAAAAUCCAUGAAACGACCGGAGCUUCACCGUGAUGGCUCCGCUCCACCUCCUCCAAUGCAGCCGCCCCCUCCAGCUCCCAUUCAGGAGAAUACGGACCGGGGUGCGAGCUCUCUAAGCCUAUCGGAUUUGCGGAAGCUUGUGGGUGAAAUUCCCAAGAUCGAGCAACCAGCCUAUGCUUUUGAAUAUGCCGACGCCCAAUCUUUUCCCGAUGAGCUCGACGAGUGGUUCCAGUACAACGCCUUUGAUCGUGUCAUGUUGAUGGGCACGAAAGCGACUUUUAACAAGAAAUGGCCCACCUUUUGUCAGCGACGCCAGCGAGACACGCCCGGUGUGUCUUGGCUUGACGCAUCCCAGGAUUUACGUCGUUCAUUUAUUGCUCGGGUGCUUGAGGAUCUGCAACUCUCUGAAGCCCCCGCGCGAUUGGAAGCCCUUGAAACCAUUUGCUAUGUUGUCACUGGUGUAUGGGGUCUCAGCGGUGGGAGAGUGGCGCCCGACUAUCCUUCAGAUGGGAAUUCCGAGUCAUCUGCCGAAACGCCAUUGCGCAAGUCAAUGCAGAUUCAGUGCAUCGAGGAGAAUGUUUCCCUUGUCCAAGAAUGCUCGGGCGUUACCGCCUUGGUACAGUACAUGUGCCGCCUUUUUGAUAAGACCCGCUCAGCACUCGGAUCGGACUCCAGUGACAUUGAUUACGAGCGAAUCAACCCUGGCGAUAUUGCGGCACCGGAGCGUGAGGCCAACUUGGUCCUUACAAGUUUAUACUUCGCUGUGGAAGUGGGUCGCAGGCAACAGGCGCGCGACCCUCAAUGCAGCUCGAUCCGCGAUGCGCUGAGCAGCUCGAAUCCUAGCCUCUUAGUCUCCAUUGUUGAAAUCAUCGCUCGACUGCGCUGGGACGAAUCUGCCAAUAUCCCGCUGACCAGAAUCCUUCUGUUGUUAUGGAAGUCCGUGCUUCUCGUCUUUGGCGGGACUGAGGAUUUAAAGCGCGCAAAGGAGGUACUAGAGCCUGCUAUUUCGUCUGAGAACGGUGAUUCCAAACGCAGGACGCCGUUUUUACACGCCUCCCCUCUGGACUACCAUCUCUUCCGCCAGGAAAUUACUUCCAAAUACCCAGCGUACAACCCUCCGCCACUUGUCGUUCCACUGGAAUUAGAAAACAAUUCCAUUCUACCCCCUCUUCCACACAAUGCAGCUAAGAUGAACUCGUCAAGUGGCAUCUUUUGUGGUGUUGCCCCCUCGAUUUCCGGUGGGAAUGGCUCCAUCCUUCAGCAGGCCACCAAUCAGAACUUCCCCUUUAUGUACCCUCCCCUGGAUGAUUCCAGCAACCGCAUUGGCGGGAAGGGCACAACGGAACGCCAAGAUACCUUGGUUGGAAAGAGAUGGGAAGGCAGCGAUGUCCCUGCGUCAAUUAUUGAAGCUGGAAAGCUCUUUUCUACCCAUGUGAAAAUGACUCGUGCGAUGCGACAGCUUUGGCAGGAGCGUGAACACUUUAUGCAGUACGACCGUGGCUGGAACUCCGAGGAUGCUGCUCACUUCCCUGAUAACAUAUCGGAUGAUCUACCGGACGAUAUUGAAGAACUAGAUUUGUUGGGCGGCGAGGAGAAGGCCGAGCCUAAACCAAAACCAGUAGAGAAAGAGACAGAUGAUCCUGAUAUCCAGCGCCGUCUGGAUGCGGUUGACUCGUUUUAUACCAAUACUCUAUCUCACCUUCAGUCCAUCACCAUUGUAUUCUUGAAAAUCAUCUUGACAAAUGUCAGCGCGGUGAUCAACCAGUCUACUAGCCAAACUACGCAGGGCAUGAGUAGUCAUUCCAUGAACGGCUCCUCUCACAAUCUCCUUUCCGACGCAUCUAUCGAUGAGCUAGACAAUAUCCGACUCCGCGAGAUCACCGGCAAAGCCGUGUCUGGAACUCUUUUGCUUCUCCUUAAGUGGUUUAAGCGAUCUCAUAUUUUGAAAUUUGAGUACAUGACACAGCUGUUACUUGACUCCAACUACAUCCCCUUGAUUCUGAAGAUGUUCGCACACCAAGACGUUGACCAAACGGUGGCACAUAAGAGUGACCGCGAAGAUCUAUCCUUCUUCCACUUCUGUCAAAGCAACACGGACUUGCCCCUAGAGACGGAAGAAAGCUCCUGCGGCGACACCGAAAGCGAAGACGAAGCCAUGCCGCCCCCAAUCGCCCGCCACCGCACGGAUCCAACAGCAAACGACAGCAUGCCAGGUCUCUCGGAAGAAGAGUCCCUAACGGAUAUCCUCAACGGACCAACACGCCCGGAAGUCGACGAACUAGGCUACCCAACCGCGCCCCUCCCCAAAGAACCAAUCAAAGUAUUCUCCUUCCGCAACUUCUUCUCCGCCAUCAACUACCUCCACAUCAUGCAAAAGAUCACGCGGAACAAAGCCCACCGCUGUCUGCUACUAGUGCAGUACAAAUCAAGCAACAUCCUCCGCAAAGGUCUCAAAAUCCCAGACCCACACCUCCGCUUCUACACCCUCAAACUCUUCAAAUCCCAAGUCCCCUACUGCGGCCGCAAAUGGCGCCAGAGUAACAUGCGUGUCAUCACCGCUAUCUACCUGUACUGCCGUCCCGAGCUCCGCGACGACUGGCUCGCUGGCUCUGACGUCGAUGCUGAGGUUGAAGAGGCCUUGCCGUUGGAACAGGCGCUUCGUGGUCUUACGCACUGGUGGCAUCUGCGCCAGUACAAGGAUGUCAUGGGUGGUGAUGAGGGUACCUCUAUGAUGGAGGAAGAACGUGAUUUCUUUGUGCGAGAACUCGAGUCUAUGGGCUGGGGUGCUGCUGAGGAGAUGCUCGGUGGGACUUGCGAGGAGGAAGUCAGUGUCCCUGCGACGCAGGGAAAUGAAUGGGAUGGUGUCCCGCUGCCUAUGGAGGGGUGGUCGUGA